GACCUCCAAUACAUAAAUACCGAACUAGAGGAGGAGAGAAGAGCCAUAAAGUGGGGAGGAGGUGAACACUAGAGAGUGAGAGAGACAGGAAGAUGAUGGGGAAGGAUUGGGGUUCUCUGCCAUGGCUCAUGUCCAUGUUGAUCUGCCUCUAUACCUUGGUGGUAUGGGCAGGCAGGAAAAGCCCCAAGCUUCCUCCUGGUCCGAAAGGCCUCCCCUUGCUCGGAAGCCUCUUAGAGUUGGGAAACCGACCCCAUGCAGCCCUCGCGACCUUGGCCAAGACCCAUGGUCCCCUCAUGACCCUGCGCCUUGGACUCCGGACUGUGGUCGUUGCCUCCUCUUCCGACAUGGCCAAGGAGGUGUGCCAGAAGAACGACCACGCACUUGCCAGCCGCUUCGCGCCUGAAGCCAUCAAGGUCGACUCUCAUGACCAGUACUCUAUCGCUUGGGGCGGGAUCAGCCCCCUGUGGCGCAACGUCCGCCGUGUCAGCACAACCCAUCUCUUCACGAAGCAACAGGUUGAGUCGCAGGAAUUCCUCCACCACCAAAAAGUACAACAAAUGGUCGGCAUCAUAGAAAAGGACUGUGCAGCGAAGCGAGCAGUGGCCAUACGUCGAGUUGCUUUCCUUACUGGCAUCAAUCUCUUAUCCAACAUGAUCUUCUCGGUGGACGUGGUUGAUCCCGAAGCAAGUGAGUUCAAGCAGCUCUUAUCGUCGCUCGGCGAGGAGCUCGGACGGCCUAACGUCGCAGACUACUUCCCACUGCUUAGGCACUUUGAUCUACAGGGGAUUCAGCGCCGGGCUGCUGGCUGCAUCAAGAAGUUACAUCAAAUAUUUAACGAAAAGAUCGAGGAGCGUUUGAGGUUCAGAGAGAGCGGACAGCCAAGAUGCGGUGACUUCCUCGACAUUUUGCUCGACCCCAUCGAUGCGAAGGGAUCCAAGUUCAGUCGUGCAGAGAUCUUGUCUCUGAUCAUAGAGUUGUAUUUUGGAGGGAGUGAAUCGAAUUCUAUAACAGUGGAAUGGGCAAUGGCCGAAUUGCUACACAACCCAGCACAGAUGGCCACUGUUAAGCAGGAGCUUUCGGAGAAAGUGGGGCACCAGCGCGCAGUCGAAGAGGCAGACAUGGAUAGGCUCCCUUACCUGCAAGCAGUUAUAAAAGAAAGUCUGCGGUUGCACCCACCUGGGCCGCUUCUCCUCCCUCGCAGGGCCGACGCCACUGUAGAAAUCGCCGGAUUCGUCAUACCGAAGCACACAACGGUGGUGAUAAACGUCUGGGCAAUCUCUAGAGAAGCUCGUACCUGGGAGAACCCGACAACAUUUUCGCCGGAGAGAUUCAUCGGGUCCGAUGUCAAUUACAAGGGGGGAGAUUUCAGUUUUAUUCCAUUUGGAGCAGGCAGGAGGAUUUGCCCUGGUCUACUUCUUGCAGAACGCAUUGUGCAGCUGAUGCUCGCCUCUCUGCUGCAAUCCUUCGACUGGGAGCUUCCCCUUGGGUGGAAACCAGAAGAGAUGGAUAUGAGUGAAGAGUUGGGGUUCACUUUGCAUAAAAAAGUCCCAUUAGAAGUCAUCCCCAUGAAAAAAAAUUAGAUGCCAAUACAUAAAGGAUUUCCAAUUAUAUCUGGUGAUCUUGUUUUAUGGAUUUUAUGGCAAUGGUAUCUAGCAUUUGUAAAAUAAAUGCAACUUCUCGGAGAAGUAUGCUAAUUUCUCUUUUUAUUGUUGAUGAAGGAUUCUCUGACUUAGUGAGAA